CCUCUAGCCCCCGCCCCGCCCCGCCCCGCCCCCGCGUGUCCUGGCGGCGGAGGAGGAGGCGCCGCUGCGGGCCUGGAGCGGAGCCGGGCAGCGCCUAGCGAUGUCCGCCAAGGAGGGGAGCAAGGUGCUGCUGCUGCCGCCCCCCGGCACGAGCGAGCGCGCUGUCAAGGCUGUCCCUUUUCCGCCAACACAUCGCUUGACAUCUGAGGAGGUGUUUGAUACAGAUGGAAAACCAAGGGUUGAUAUUUUGAAGAACCACUUAAUAAAAGAAGGUCGGGUAGAUGAAGAAAUUGCACUUAGAAUCAUCAAUGAAGGUGCUGCAAUUCUACGUAGAGAAAAAACCAUGAUUGAAGUUGAAGCUCCAAUUACAGUGUGUGGUGAUAUUCAUGGCCAGUUCUUCGAUCUAAUGAAGCUGUUUGAAGUGGGAGGAUCACCUGCUAACACAAGAUACCUCUUCCUUGGUGACUAUGUAGACAGAGGUUAUUUUAGUAUAGAGUGUGUGCUGUACUUAUGGGUUCUGAAGAUUUUGUAUCCAAACACAUUAUAUCUUUUGAGAGGCAAUCAUGAAUGCAGACACCUCACAGAAUAUUUUACCUUUAAACAAGAAUGUAAAAUAAAAUAUUCAGAAAGAGUCUAUGAUGCUUGUAUGGAAGCUUUUGAUUGCCUCCCUCUUGCUGCACUUUUAAAUCAACAAUUUCUCUGUGUUCAUGGUGGACUUUCACCAGAAAUAAACACACUAGAUGACAUUAGAAGACUAGAUAGAUUUAAAGAGCCUCCUGCGUUUGGACCAAUGUGUGACUUACUGUGGUCUGAUCCCUCAGAAGAUUUUGGAAAUGAAAACUCACAAGAGCACUUCAGUCACAAUACAGUCAGAGGAUGUUCCUAUUUUUAUAGCUACCCAGCAGUUUGCGAAUUUUUGCAAAAUAAUAAUUUGUUGUCAAUUAUUAGAGCACACGAAGCACAAGAUGCAGGCUAUAGAAUGUACAGAAAAAGUCAAACUACAGGGUUCCCAUCAUUAAUAACAAUUUUUUCGGCACCUAAUUACUUGGAUGUCUACAAUAAUAAAGCUGCUGUAUUAAAAUAUGAAAAUAAUGUGAUGAAUAUUCGUCAGUUCAACUGUUCUCCACAUCCUUACUGGUUACCCAAUUUUAUGGAUGUAUUCACGUGGUCGUUGCCGUUUGUUGGAGAGAAAGUAACAGAAAUGUUGGUGAAUGUUCUGAGCAUUUGCUCUGAUGAUGAAUUAAUGACAGAAGGAGAGGAUCAAUUUGACGUAGGUACAGCUGCAGCACGAAAAGAAAUAAUCAGAAACAAAAUCCGUGCAAUUGGCAAGAUGGCAAGAGUCUUCUCCGUUCUCAGGGAGGAGAGUGAAAGUGUGCUGACACUCAAGGGUUUGACUCCCACUGGCAUGUUACCUAGUGGAGUGUUGGCUGGAGGACGACAGACCCUGCAAAGUGCCACUGUAGAGGCAAUUGAGGCUGAAAAAGCAAUACGAGGAUUCUCUCCGCAACAUAAAAUCUGCAGUUUUGAAGAGGCAAAAGGUUUGGAUAGGAUCAAUGAGAGAAUGCCACCAAGAAAAGAUGCUCUUCAGCAAGAUGGUAUUAGUUCUGUAAACACAAAUGCCAAUGGAAACAAUGGAACUGGUAACAACAAUGCACAGUGACUGCUCCAAUUUCUGGUUUACUCACAUAUGUCUUGCCUGAGAAUUCCUAGAUUUACUGCUUUCUGACAUGACAACAGAUGAAAUAGCCAGGGGGAUCAGUCAAACUGACUACUUAAUGUGAUAUGGAAAACAACCUGAUCCCACUGAAGAGAAACCAUCGUGCUUUUGAGACAACCGCCCCUCUGUAUAAGUGAUGACUUGAACAUCUCUUCGGCAUGCUUCUUCUAUGGGCAGAAAAUCCAUUGCUGACUGCUGAACUUUGGAGAGAUCUGGGAAAAUAAUUGGGCCGUUAUCACUAAAGCACAUCUAGACUAGCAUCUUAUGCUUAUCAUUGUCAACACUUUUAAGUUUACAAAUGGGAUGUUCUUUUCAGUAGAGCUAGAUUUUUUUUAAAUCAGACUUUUAAAUACAGCCCUUAGAGCUAACUAUUUAUUAAUGGACAUUAGUCUAAUGAAAUGUCUUUAAAAGAUAGAAUAGAAUGGUCUUAAAAAAUCUGAGGCUGCAAAAAACUGUAUUUUAAAUAGAGAAAAAUGCCAAAAAUCUCAGUUGGUCAUUCUAUAAAAUGCUGACCUCAGGUGCACUCCUUAGAUACUGCUAAUUCUGUAUUUUGUAGUUAUGGCUUAUCAGAAGAUUUCUACAUAGGAAAGUUUAUUACUUGAACACAGAUUAAAAAAAUAUAUUUAAUUUAGAAAUUUUUUUCCCAGCUUUUUCAAAACUCUCCCCACUUUGAAAAAAAUUUUAAAUUAUAUAUAUAUCUAUAGAUAUAUAUCACUAUAUAUCUAUAUAUAUAGAUAUAUAUAUCUACACACAUACACACACACUAAUUUUAAAGUGAAAAAUCAUGGAACUGCUUAAUUUUAAGGUACUUUUAAUUGAACUUUGUACAUUAUGUUGAAGUAAAUUUUGAUUCAUAUCAAGUCUGUAAAGCUUGGCAUUGUAUUUUGUGUAUGCAUGUUUUCAUUUGGCAAAAUAUUUAAUAUAUAGGCCUAUGAUGUACAUCUAUAGGUUACAUAGAUGUUAUUGGUACUUUUAGUUUAUUGUGAGUAUUACAGUUGCAUAAAUAGCUAAUCACUGGGCUGAAUAGCUGCAAGCUUUUUAUUAUUUUCUAACUCUGUAAAGGAAACUGAAAAUGUUAUGGAAAUACUUUUGUUUAGGCAAUGCAGCGCAUAAGUAAUUGCUCUGUUCAACUGCUAAGGCAUUAGUGAAAGUGUAAAAUCGAGACUGCAUGUAUUUUGAUAGCUACAGGACUGCUUGGUUAAAAUUAAAACUGAAAUUCUAUGCUGAUUUGUUCACAAAUAAUGAACUGUACUGAUUGCCACUGUACUUUUGUUAUAUAUUUUGACAUUUGCUACCUUUCUCAUCCCCUGGAACACAACUUGAAACUUAAGUCACUUGAGUUCAUCUCCCUUUUUUUUGUUUGCCAUAAGGUACAAUCUGUAUAUAUACCCCUGUCUCAGUCAAAACUUUUAUGCAUGUUCUGAGCUAUUCAAGUAUUUUAUAAACAGUAGCACACAAUAAAUUUUGUGCAUGGGCUGCGGCUCCUAUCAUUGUGUAUUGGUUUUAUUUUGAAUGCUUAGGUCUAAUCAGACCCAGGUUAUUUUAAAACCUGAAGAGUAUUUCUAACUAUUUUUAAAAUCAGAAAACAGUUUAAUGAAUGUAACUUGAGAGGGCAGGCUUAAUUUAUUUUCUGAGCAAUAUUUUACUAGAAUCGAAGCCAAAAAUUUAUUAACUUGAAGUCCUGCUGCUUCCAGGGAGAGUGUUAAUAUUUUAUUAAUGAGAUUUUAGAAACAGAACACCUAAGAAUUUCUGUAUUAAAUUUGACAUUCAUUAUAGGUUUCUACAGACCUAUAUCUAAUGUGCAAUGCUAGGCUUUGCUCAAAAGAAAAGCUGUUUAUUGAGUUUUUUCAUAUGUGAGGACUGUGCAUGAUCUUUUAUGUGAACUAAGGUGAUGUUUUUGAUAGCAGGUAAUAUCAGAGCCAAUCUUUCUGGCCAGUUUUGAUUAAAGGCAAAUGAGAAAUCUACUGAAUGUUAUCAGAGUAUAUUAACCACAAAAUUGUUAGAAUAGUGGUGAUGGCUUACACAUCCUGAAAACUUGAGUUAAUGUUUAAGUUUUACUUCGUUUUAGAUGCAGUGUAAUUGGGAACAACCAUUCAAAUGGUUGGAAUACAGAAACCCAAGAUCCAGACAGUGGUAAGUGGCCCCUGUGUUCCUGGACUCUCACUAGUUUGUGAUACGUGACAUUGGGAAGGAGAAAAAUGGGCACCUGUAUUACAAAGUUCUUUUUAUCUGAGGAGCAGUCCAUCAGUAGUCUUCCAUGAUGGUGUUCAGUUGGGCAAAAAUCCAACAGGUUUCACAAAGCAGUCUCUUAAUGGACUGGCUCUCAAUUAGUUGUUGUUCUGAGUGGGUGGGAGGUUGUGUAUUAAAAGAAAUACAAUUGAAACCUCUGAUACAUAAAAGAUACAUUCUCAGUGGCCAGGAUCACAGCAAGAAUGGAAGGCAGCAGUGAAGUCUAAUGUAACUUAAAAACUUUAUCUUGUUCAGAGUAGACGUGUUUUAUUAAGAGUUUUGUCUGAAAGUCCUUUCACCCUGUAAUUCUCUAUUUUCCUAGAGCAUCUUACAUGAGGAGAAGUCUGUCGUUGGGUGGAUAACUGCAUUUUGCUUUUUAGUGAUACUUUGACAUAAACAAAGAUGGUCCUUCACCUUGUCUCUAGAAAAGUCCUAAAUGUACCAUGAGACUGAGUAUUUUGAGCCAUGUAUUUUCCCAGUAUGCUUUUAAUGUUUCUGGUUGUUUGGAUUCCAGAUUGGAUAUUUUCAGAUUAAGUCAGAAAAGCAGGAUGGGGACUGUUAUUUAUACUCUAGCACCAUUCUGUCAUGUUUCAGCAACACAUUCUUCCUCAUUAUCCACAUGGGUGUUCAGCUUUGCUAUUUGCAAGUGUGUUUUUUCCCGUAACUAUGAAAUUGGGACCUACCAACAGAGGGCAUCCAGGUGUGGCCCUGUGCAUUGCCAUAUGUUAUCUUAUCAGACUAGUAGUGAACAGCUGCAAGCAAGCCAGCUGAAAAUAUCAGUACCUGAUGUUGCUAGGUUUGAAAAAUCAGAAAAUACAGUAAUUGUUUGACAAAUUGUUCUCUCCGUCCUGUCUUCCUAUGGGUAGUUAUUUGGAUAAUAAGAACUGGGGCAGCUGAAAGCCCGUCUGGAAAAAAAAUAGAUUUAUGUCUCCAUUACUAAACUUGCUUUGAGAAGGUGAGUCUUCAUGCCAUGAGUGUUUCUCUCAUUGGUCAAGACAUCAGAAGGAAAGAUUCCUGGCUAAUAAUGAGUGUGUAUUUUCCCCAUCAUUUGCAUGCACUUGCUAGACUUUUUUAAAAGGAAAAGUCCUGAUUGUUUUUGCUUCCUGCACUAAACAUUGAAGAGACUGAUAUAAAUGGCUUUGUGCCAGUUUUGUAUUGUCUCUAGUGUUUGUCUACACAGGGAUCUAUAUGACCUGCAGUGUGAACUACAUCUUCUGGCUCUGCAUUACACUUCACUCAACAGUUGUGCAUUGGCCCUAGGAGAUGAAGACUGACUGCAGUGUGGUGCCGUGUAGUACAUUUUAGCCAUGCCCCAGUUAGGGCUGGGUGUUUGACCAGUCAAAUAUCAGUUGAAAAUUGUAAAAAAUUGUCAGUGGGUCCAAAUAAUACGCAGAGAAAGCAUAAUUUUUGCACUAAGAAAUGUGUCAAGAAACAAAAAAAAUUGUCAAGAAAACUACAAAAAAUACAGGGUGGGUUUUUUUGUGAAACUGCUAUAAUCUUUGACCAGUCAAAAAAUAUGCAGUCAGUGGACAAUAUUGUUCUUUCCCACCCUACCCCCAAUUGGUCUUCUGUUAGGACGGAAGGGUUGGCACAGAAACCCUAUGCAUUUCAUAAUGGCUGAAGGUAAGUUGUAUUCUCAGGGUUUUUUCUUAGGGCACUAUCCUACCCACUUUGAACAAUGUAAAGGUGCUUUCUUGAGAGAGAGGCCCAAUGUGUAGAAUACGUUCCAGUAACUGCCAGCUUUCGCCACUCUGUCAGGGCUUGGACAGAUGAGUUAAUGCAUAGAUUGGUGUAAGUGCCUUGAAUCUGGAGUAAUAAUGCAAGGAAAAGUCUGUAGUUUAAAAAAAAAGUUGUCAGGUGUCAUCUGUGCUGAGGUAGCCAUUAGUUCAAUACCAUGAUAGCAUUUAUUGUCAGUUGCUGCCCUGGUGUAGCUGUUCACGUGUUCCCUCUGGAUCCCAGAGCAGUUUAAGUCAGUGAA